AUAAUCACUUGGUUGUCACAGUAAUAAAUGAGCCUUUUACUCUUUAUUCAAACACAGUGCUAAAUGAUCUCAUGUCACACACUGACUUCCAGACUUCUGUCACUGAUAACAUGAUGUGUGCAGGUGGAUCCAGCUCAGUGCUGGUUGACAGAGGCAGCUGAAGUCCUCCUCCUGGGUUACCAAGUAACGUCAUGUAUGUAUGUGAUGUAAGUUCAGUACGUAGGUUAAAAUGAGUCAGUGUUGACUUUGGUUUCACACAGGACAUCAGCAGUGAUCAUAUGCCGACUUUGUCACUUGUUACACUCCAUCGUCUGAUUUCUUUCUUUGCGACUACGGCCACUAGAGGUCACGUCUAACAAUGAACAUGAACACGGGCGUUCUGCUGCUUGCACUAAUGUAAACCUUCAUACAGUCUCAUUAAUGAGCUGAUGAUCAGUGAGUCAUGUUGUUAAUCUGCUGUCAGAGAGGUUCAGUAAGAAGAUGUAGAUCAGUCGGGCGUCUCGUAUCUCUUCAGGAUGUGAAAUAAAUAAAUGAACUUUACUCGACUGAAUGAGAAGCUUCACUGUAGUUCACUCCAUGUGUGGUCUGAGGUUUUAAGAAAAUACAUUUAAGACAAGAUUAACCAAAACUUGUCUGGACCUCAAAGCUUUAGAAGUCAUCUUGAAAUAAGAACAUAUGACAUCAGAAUAAGAGAGCUUCAGGCCUGCUGUGCUCCCAUCAGCCUGCAGGCUGCACUGUGUUGUAUGAUGCAUCAGUCCUGCUCUGACCUCUGACAGUUUGAUUGUGUGAUGCAGCAGAGACUUUCUGUCUGCAUGCAGUCAGGACUCUCUGUGUGCUGUGUUAGUAUGAAGUCUUGGUGUCAGUCACACCUGAGAGUGAAUGAAGGCUGUGGAGCUGCUGCCUCACUCUGCUGCUGCUGCUGCUGGAGCUCUGACUUCUCUCUCCUCAGUCUGCUCUCAUCCUGUGACUUUCAAACAAAAUCACACAGAAACAAAAUCACACGCGGUGAAAACUAAAUCUACAUUUGAUGCUCUCUGUGUGAAGAGUCUCAAGUUUCCUGUCAUGUCUGUAAAAUUCAUCCUUAUUGUUGAGUAUUGUCGUACAGAAGGAUGUGAAUUGAAGCGGCAGAUGUUUUCCUGUAUUUUCUGCUGCACAUAAAUGACCUCUGACCCUCUCUGUGUGAAAUAAAACACACACACACAUCCAAUUUAUAUCUGGUGUGUUGACAUGUGUGCCGACCAACAACAACAGCCUCCUACAUAGUUCAACACUCUGAUAAAAUGUGUCGCUGCACCGAGACAUCAGCACUAUGAAAUCAGAUUUCAUAGUUCUCCAGAUCUCAAGGUUACCAACCCACUGUGUGUUUGUGUGUGUGUUUGUGUGUGUGUUUGUGUCGGCGUCACUGUGUCUGAAAGUGUUUGUGAGUCUCUGCUGUGACAUGAUUUACUGUUGUGCUGAUGUAAAGUGGCUAGAAAUGUAAUUCAGUGAUGAUUUUAGCUGCUGAAAAUUCAACUCAGAGAGGAACAAUCUGAAUUUCAGUUUGAGGUGAGAAAUGGAGAAUAGUCAUGAUACUGAGAGAAGUUCAGUGAGUGUCUGCUGGUAGAAAUGAUUGUACAGAUAAAUAUAGAUGAUUUAAUUAUUAGAAAAUAAAUCAAAACCAUUUAUACAGACACAUGUCACAAAACAAAAUCACUGAGUACAAUCUAACAUGUUGAGGAGGUAAACUAAAGCAGUGGAGUGUUAUUCUGUCCACAGUGACACAGAAUUACUGACAAUUCAGACAUUUUGAGGACGGCACUUCAAGAUGUUCAUGUCAGGUUGAAGGACUGUGUUGACAUUCAGUUCUUGCAGCAUUAAAUUCAUAUUUCAGGAACAUAUUUGUGUGUCUCGAGUUGUAUUAAUGUUGGUCCUCUGUUUGUGUUCAAAUUCAUUACAUGUUCAUUAUAUUCUGACAAGUAAUAAUAAGCAGCCUCCAUCAGCCUGUCAGUGAAGGUGUCACUCAUUAAUCACAUUAAAGAGAAAAGAAACAAACACUGAGCCUGAAAUGAAAUGCUUUUCAUCAAAUCUCAAAUCUCUACCUGUUUUGUUAAAUUAAAACAUUCUUGUAUGAAUAAUAAAAAAGAAAUUAAGUUAAAGUAAAGAAACCACAUCCCUCAGAGGAAACAGUGGAUAGUACUUUCACUACACAUAAUGUACUUUUCUCUGUGUGAAUGUUUCCAACUUCAAAUCUCUAAACGUCAAAUCUCCUCCUGAACUGCUUGUUCAUGUUUGAGCCCAUGACAGCUGAAAAGAGAUUCACAUCAGAUCUCAGUGUUAACUAUCUGAGCUUUGCUCACACUCUGCAGCACAAAUCAAACUUCUCACAGUCAGAGAGCUCUCACAGUCUGAAGAUCUGACACCACAGGUACGCCGUGACAUCACAGGAAGAAACCACUGACAGUAAAUGUGGCUCAGAACACGUUGGGAUUGUUGACAGUCAUUUAUACAAUAAAAUGCUGACUGCAGCACAUCGGAGUUUAUAGUGAAAACGCUGAUUUUCCUUCAAGUCUUGUGUUAAUGUCAUUUAGUUUUAGUUUGGAGGGUCAGUGGGAUCAAACAAGAGAGAUCAUAUUUCUGAAUAUUGAGAACGACGUGUCCCUGUGCAAAGUGAACAGGAUGCAUCACAAAGUGAUUCAGAGCCUGUUUCAGGCCAUUUGGUGUUGAUUUGUAUCUAUUUGUAAUGACACUUUUUUUUAAAAAAAAAAUCUAGAUCAGUCACUGACUUUAGUGAAUGACUGAAGGUUAGACUUGAAAUAGAAAUUCCACCAAAAUCCAAUAAAAUCGGGUCUUUCCCAUUCAACUAGUAUCAGAAGACAUUGCAGCAUUGAUUUUGAGUCAAUAUAUCAAAUGACCUGGAAGCUAUUGAAAAAGACGUCUCUCUAUCCAAAGUGAAUUUUGUGUCAACUGUUCAAAUUCCAAAAAUCUUCGUGCAGAAAGUGUUUAGGAGUGCAGGGUUGGAGGCAGGCCUGUGAAUGGGAUGGGAUGGAUAGGAAUUGUUCCUGUGUGUUGUGUUUAGUUGUCCACCACUGGCUUGAUCUUUCAAGUGUGCGUGUGUGUGUAUUUGAGAUUGGGGGGAUUUCUUCUGGAUUUUCUGACCGCUCAACACUUGUUCACACACACAUUCAAACACUGAUGGUGGAGUCCGCCAUGCAAGGCAUAAGAGUGAGAGAGUAUGUAUGGACGUAAUUGUGAUUAGUUUGUACGUAUCAGUGAGAAUGUAUGUAUGAAAAUGGUAAAUGGUCUUCUAUUUUUAUAGCCCUUUUUCCAAACUUCUGAUACUGUUGUGAAGCUCAAAAUGCUUGUUAUACUCACCCAUUAACGCACAGUUAGUUGACAUCACAGUCUACGUCAAAGCAAACAUCACAAACAACAUCACAAUCAACAUCAUACUCAACCUCACAGUCAAGAUAAGUCUAUAUCAAAGUCAACAUCACAAUCAACAUCACAGUCAACAUCAAAGUCUACAUCACAGUAUACAUCACAGUCUAUAGCACAGUCUACAUCAAAGUCAACAUCACAGGCUACAACACAGUCUACAUCAAAGUCAUCAUUAAAGGCAACAUGAAGGUCUACGUCACAGUUUACAUCACAGUGUACCUCAAAGUCAACAUGACAAUCAGCAUCACAGUGUACCUCAAAGUCAACAUCACAGUCUAUGUCAACUGUCAACAUCACAGUCAACAUCACAGUUUACAUCACAGUCUACAACACAGUCUAUAUCAAAGUCAACAUCAAAGUCAACAUAACAGUCAACAUCAAAGUAAAAAUCAAAGCCUACACCACAGUUUACAUGACAGUCUACAUGACAGUCUACAUCAAAGUCAGCAUCAAAAUCAACAUCACAGUCUACAACAUAAUCAACAUCACAGUUUACAUCACAGUCUGCAUCAGUGUCUACAACGAUGUCAAACUCAAAGUCUACAACACAGUCAACAUCACGGUCUACAUCACAGUCUACAUCAAAGUCAACAUCACAGUCUACAACACAAUCAACAUCACAGUCUACAUCAAAGUCAACAUUACCGUCAACAUCACAGCCCACAUCAGAGUCAACAUCAAAGCCAACAUCAAAGCCUACAUCACAGUCUACAUCACAGUUGAUAUUAAAUUCAACAUCACAGUUUACUUCAAAGUCAACAUCACGAUCAAUGUCAAAGUCAACAUCACAGUUUACAUUAAAGUCUACAUUAGUGUCUACAUCAAAGUCAACAUCACAGUCGCCAACAUCACAGUUUACAUCACAAUCUACCUCAACGUCAACAUCACAAUCAACAUCACAGCCUACAUCAAAGUCAAAAUCAAAGCCAACAUCAAAGCAUGCAUCACAGUCUACAUCACAGUCAACAUCACAGUCUAAAUCAAAGCCAACAUCAGUCUAGCUCAAAGUCAACAUCACAAUCAACAUCACAAUUAACGUCAAGGUCAACAUCAAAGUCAACAUCACAGUCUACAACACAGUCAUCAUCACAGCCUAAAUCAAAGUCAAUAUCAAAGCCAGCAUCAAAGCCUACAUCACAGUCAACAUCACAGUCAUCAUCAAAGUCAACAUCACAGUCAACAUCACAGUUAACAUCACAGUAUACCUCAAAGACAAAAUCACAAUCAACAUCACAAUAAACAUCAAAGUCAACAUCACAGUUAACAUCACAAUCGACAUCACAAUAAACAUCAAAGUCAACAUCACAGUUUACAUCAGAGUCGACAUCAUAGUUUACAUGACAGUCUACAUCAGAGUCAACAUCAAAGGCAACAUCAAAGCCAACAUCUCAAAACUCUUGUGUCUUCAGGUCUCCUGUCACAAAAUGACAGUUUCUAUUGAGAUGAACAAUUGGAUCACUUUUAAAUGAUUCACUGUGUCUUUUCUCAGUAUUAAUCAGUGUUGUUCAGUCUGGGAUUUCUUCCUCCACUCAGCGACAUUUGAAGCCAAUUCAUGAUGGGAAGUUAACAAAACUGAUAAAUGAACCAGUUUGGUUUGAUGCCACAUAAUCAGCAGCGCUGUGUAUUGGAUCUUCUAGCUGGCAGCUGGUUGUGGCGGCUGGUGCAGCACUCAGCAGUAUGUUAACAAAGGGACGCCACAGAAGCUCUUUAUUCCUGCUGUAUAUGUGUUUACAUGUGUAGAGAAGCUGAUCCAGCCCACGUCUAUUACGUGACCUCACUUCCUGUCCAACUCAGUGGCGGUUCGACACUGAAUUACUCCCCGGGCGAGACUCACGCCGAGAGAGAGAAAGAGAGAGAAAGAGAGAGAGAGAGAUAGAUGAGAAACGCACCUGAAGGUUCGUGCUGUGGAGAAGCAGACGUACAAGGAGAUGUUUCUGGAGACAUGGAUAGGUGCUCUUCCUCAAUGACAGGGACCAUUUCAGAAGAGGCCUGAGUAGCUGAUGAGGUUGAUGGCUCCUCCUCAUCCUGUGUAAUGGGGGUGGUGGGUGGCUCAUCUUGAGCAGUGGCAGAGGAUGCUCCAAAAUAUUUCAGAAGUGCCGCUGAAAAUGCAGUUGAAAUGCUCAUCAACAGGCUAUAACUAAGCACUUACAAAACAUCCAAAAAUGCAAAUUUCAUAAAAAUGCCCUUACAUGCUAAAUGUCUGAUCAUAUAUUAAAUUAGGUCACUGCUUCGAAUUCUAUGCUUUGCACACUAUGACUAAUGUAUUGUGGUUAAACUUUCCUUUGUCACGACAUGGAGUUGUAACGUUAUCAAAUGGCAAGUGUUCCGUCUUUGAAACUUUGUUAACAUUACAUGAGAAAAUUGCAUUGGCUACAGGCCCAACGUUAACCGAAAUGAUCUAAAUAAAUAAUUGCUGUACUUUUAACAGUUUAGUUGCAAAGCAUAAUCGAAUGGUGAAGUAAACUGUCAGGUUUGUUAAAAUCGAAUUAUUAUUUUAUAGGCUAAGCAUAGCAAAUAACAAAGCAAGAUGGCUAACAAACGUUUAAGUUAUAGCCUAACAUUACUAACGUUAACCUUAACGUUAGCCCUUGAUACUGUUAUCAUAGACAGGAUAUUGCAUACCUUUAUCCUUUGCUCGUUUCUCCUCUUCUUCUUUUCUUUUUUUUCUGAACUGGGCACCUGAUGGCUUUGACCGCUUUCUGUCCAUCUCUGUGUUUAUUUGGCAGGGCAAUCCACAAAUUCCCAUCCCCCAACAUUGGCACUCGCGACCAAAAGUCAAGACCAAACCAAUUCACCUGGGUGACCUCUGAAUCGCCUUGGCACCUAUUUUUAUUAGUAAUUUCUCACGAUUCAUAAAAGGUGCAGGAUUCAUGGCCUGCAUUCAUAACAUUAUGAAUGAGUUUUGCUUUGUUUGGAAGAAAGUCAAGGUGUGACUGGCAACUAAUUACAUUAUAAUAUUGUACUAUAAACGGACCCCCCCACCCUCACCCUUUACAUUGUGUUUCAUUUAAAAGACCCAGAGGUGAACUGUCCCCCCUGAACCCCUCCCCUUGGCCUUUCCCAGCAUCUCUGUGCAGUGUGCAUAAUGCGUCAACUUCUAGGGGCGCCUGCAGCUGCAGGGGGCGCUAAUUUGCCAAUUUCUCAAACAGGCGAUAUUGAUAAUGGAAAACCGUUUUGCGGCGCCUAUAAUUUUUGUUUUUUUUUAAGCGGUCGUGCCGCCCCAUACGUUAUGGAAAAGACAUGCCGCCCUGGGCGGCUGCCCGGUUCGCCCAUGCCCAAAACCGCCACUGGUCCAACUCGAAGGAUGUUGUUCAGGGCAUCGACACUUUGAUGCUGGUUGCCUGCCAGCAUCAGUCAAGCAUGAUACGAGAGAGAAACACAAGACAUGCUGAUGAGAAACAGGGAGAGAAAAGAGAGUCAGAAAGAGGAAGAAUAUUUGUCCUCACGUCUUCUCUUCUGUCUGCUUCUGUGAUUAAAUGUUGGCAGUAAUGAAGCUCUCCAGACUGUAAAUAUUUCAGCUCUGCGAGGAAAUGUCAGUGUUUGGUGAUGAAGUUGUGACAGAAGCCGCUCAGUUGGACUGAAAUGAUGAAAUCAGGUGGAGUGAGAAAAUACAUCGGGUGUUCAGAGGCGAUGCUGCAUCAGAAGUUUCCUGUUCGUCACUUUGUGGAGUUCAACUGUUUCUAUUCUCCGUUUAUGGAUGCAAGAAUUUUCAUUGUAUCUCAUCUGAACAGGUUACAGUCGUUUCAGUUGCAGUGAUUCAUCUCAUGACUCUGGAGUCAGAGUGAUACUGUUGCUGAGUGUUUGGAUGAGCAAAGAUUCUGCUUUAUUCAGUUUAAAUUAUCAC